AUGAAGGAUCUUGGAGAGUUGAAAUAUUUUCUUGGAAUUGAGUUUUCCAGAAAUGCAGAUGGUAUUCUUAUGAAUCAGAGAAAAUAUGCACUUGGACUUGUAUCUGAACUUGGACUUGCAGGGUGUAAACCUGCAUCCACUCCCUUAGAGUUCAAUCACAAGUUGACAUCCAUUGUGUUUGAUAAAUGCACAAGAAUGAAUGCAGAAGAUAAAGUUCUUGAUGAUUAUGGAAAGUAUCAAAGAUUGAUAGGUAGACUAUUGUACUUGACUAUGACUAGGCCUGAUAUUGCCUUUGUGGUUCAAGUACUUAGUCAAUGUAUGCACUCACCAAAAACCUCUCAUAUGGAAGCAACACUUAGAGUGGUGAGAUACAUAAAAGGUACAACAGGUCUUGGUUUGUUAAUGCCAAGCAACAACAUGUCUGAGCUUGUAGCUUACUGUGACUCAGACUAG